AUGGUCCGUUUGAUUCGUCUUCUGAAGCUGGCUCGUAUGCUGAAGAUGGGCAAGCUGGUGCAGAGGAUCGAGGACAUGUUGGACCUGUCUCCGUUGACUUUGAGGUGCAUCAACCUGGGAACAAAGCUCACAGUGAUGUCUCACUUCCUGGGCUGUUUUUGGUUCUUUGUGUCCACUCAUGGAGACCCAGAAGCUGAUCAAUGCCAAUCUGGAUUGCUUGAGUGUAACUCCACUUUGCCUGGAACCACAUGGUGGGAGGAAGUGAACAUAAAGCCUGAUGACAAGUUUGACCAGUACAUUGCAUCAAUAUACUGGGCUUUUACAACAAUGACAACUGUAGGCUACGGGGACAUCCAUCCAAGAAGUGACCGAGAAAGAGUGUAUGCGAUUGUGGCAAUGAUUUUCGGAGCAACCAUGUUUGGAUAUAUCAUUGGAUCAAUCGCUGCUCUUGCUGGCCAAGAGCGGGGCAUUGAGGCACUCACGAAGAAAAGACUCUCGCUGGUUCGUGUCUUCUGCGAGGAGCAGAGAGUCAGUGAAAACAAGGUUCGUGAGGUUAUGAAGCAUUACCAGUUCUUCUACAAAGAGCGAUCCCCUUUCAACGAGACUGCGUUAAUGAUGGACCUGCCAAACUGGAUACGCAAGAAGGUUGCCAGGCACAUUCAUCGAGAAGCUAUUUCCAAGCUUGGCAUCUUUGUAGGUGCCGUCUGUUGA